CUUCCUAAAAAUUCAGGCUGUGAGGAGAUUUACGUUGCAUUAAUUAGAGUCAGGUGAUUAAGUCCAGGUGUUCGGGUUUACUUCAUUAGCUUGCAUUCACUACAGAGACUGAUACUAAUGCAGCGUCAUCUGCAGGGCGGUCAGGACAGGUGCGCGAGCGGACAGGGAGUGGCCAUGCACACAGGUGAACGGGAAGAAGGAAGACAGCCUGAGAGGCACGGUAUUUGUUGUGGCAGUCUGAAGGAUGAUAAGAUCCUGAUGAAGAUGGGUUUGGGACUGGUACUGCUGGGUCAUGUGAACUUCUUGUUGGGGGCACUGGUACACGGAGCUGUGCUCAGGCACAUAAAGGUGUUCACAUGGAACAAGACACUCGUUUACCCCAUCUCCAAUGUCAUCGCUCUUGUGGCAGGACUUAUGGCAAUUAUUGGUGGAAUCUCGGCUAUUGUUCUCUCAAAGAACAAGAAAAACCAGCUCCUGAGUUGGUUUCUACUAGUUGUGAGUGUCUUGGCUAUUCUCUUGGGUGCCGCCUCUGCAGUAGGAAUUACUAUGGCCACAGUGAGGGCCAUAAUGUGGGAAGGACGCACUCUGUUUACCCACUGCGACCUGCCUGCCAACAUGACCUACUACAGCAUCACAAAUGAAUGCCCUUUUGACCCCACACGCAUCUAUGGUACUACAUUAAUCCUAUGGUUUCCAUUGAUUCUGAUGUCAAUGGUGGAGGUUGUGUUCUCUUGUCGCUGUUUCUUGGCCUGCACUUCUUUCCUCCGGUUGCGCUGCCCAUGGAGGAGAAAUGUCAGGGUGCGUAUCCAGCUGCCAGAAGAGACCGCACUGCCACCAGCAUACGAUCCAGACGAGGAGGAGCCAACAGAACAGAACGAACUACUUGACAAAGAUACGGUUGCUGUGGCGACUAGUGACUGGCUGUAAUUCAUAACUGUACAUUAUAUGGACAAUAGGUGCUUUUCUGAAUUGCUGUGUAACAGUGGAGCAAAAAAUACCAGGUGCCAAUGCACAUAAAACAUAAAAAGUGGCUAGCAGCUGAAGAAAGGUGGUGCUCUGACAUCUUAGCCUUAGAUUGGCACUAAUGAUGUGUGUUCUUCCUCAUUCUUAAAGGGUCAUACUGUGUGACCAAGGCAAAUACAAUUGGUUUCACCAAGUAAAGUGCACAAUGUUUUAUGUAUUAAUGAGCAUGUAUGAUGCACUUGUUUUAUGUUAGAUAUUUUCUACACUAAAGGGAUUCCUUGUUACAAUACAUUUAUGUAAAAUAUUUUUCUAUUUAAAAAUGAGUUUCUGAAAUUGCUCCUAAUAGGAAUGACGGGUCAAAUAUAUACGUCUGUAAGUAUCUUGUCUAUUGUCCUCUUUUCUACUCAUUUUAUUCCUCACUUGUGCUUAGACACUGUCCACAAAAGUUUUGGGAAAUGAUCAAAAAUAUAUUUGUUCAUUUUCUCAAAGUCUACAUGCAUUAGAGCUGUAAUUGGC